AUGACUUCCCUCCUUGAGAGCGAAGCCCACCUGGACAAGCGUGCUGCCGAGGUGAAGUUCUCUGAAGCGGCCUUCAAGAGUCUCAAGUCCCAGGGAUUCGUGACCCUUGGGCAGCUUGCGUACAGUGUCGGGCAGCCUGGUCAGAUCAUCCCAGAUGAAGCGUUCAAUCAAUUCGUAAAGGACACCAUCCCCCGUGCAUCGGGUGCCGACUCAGCUUGUCUCCGUCGCCUCAUUUUUGAGGCUCAGACUUUAGUGCUUGCUGAUUUACGACAGCAGAUUAACGACCCUGACGGAUCAUCAAAGAAGGAGGAUGAACUCACCAUGCCUUCGCACUCCGCGCUUCAAGUGCAAGAGGCCUUCCUGCGGUACCUCUCGAAAUUGUUCUCGCAUAUCCAUCGCGAGCCGCCCCCGAACCAUGCAAGGACCUCCGUGGCACAGCUUGUUGAGGCCGAUAAGCUGGUCUGGACCAGGCUCAUCGAAAGAGGGGUGAAGCCACGCAAGGAUGCCACCGGAACCUUCCCCUUGGACUCAGAGCUUAUGCAAGCCCUGGAGAGUUAUGAAGUGUCUUUCGGACUUAUGCCGCUACGAAGUGGGUCCAAAUGGGAGCCUCGCAAAAGGUUCAAAGGUGCAGGCAAGGAUGGCAAGGACGAUAGCAAAGGUGACCAGCUGUGCUUCUCGUACAACCUUCAAGGGGACAAGUGCAAGUGUGAUGCAGUUGCAACUUGUGAUGCCGAAACUUUUGCAGCUCGCCUUUUGAAGCAAGCGGUCAUCUCUCGUGAUGCGAUCCUUGCUCUUGUACGGUUGCUGCCCAGAGAACCUCCCCACACAGCCAAAUCUGAUGAGCUUCCUUACCCUCAGGGCGCCUUUUAUGCUGGCAUGUACCGCAAAGGCAAUGGCAUCUCGGGUCUUCGCAAAUCCUGUCGGGAAUUCCCCUUGUCUGUUGCUGCCAUUAAUGCAUUCGUGGCUAAAGCUGUGCCUACGGCUUCUUACAAUGCAUUUGCUGUACUUGACAAUGUUGCUUCCCCUGCGCACCGUGACCUGCAGAAUGUGCCAGUGGCCAGUCAUGUGCUGGCUCUCUCUACUUUCACAGGUGGGGGCCUCUGGGUGCAGUGCCCCCGCGGGGCCAUAUGCCGUCGUGUUGCUGGGGUUAACACUCCUGGUCAAGUGCUGGCCCUUGACAAGGGCCCUGUGCAGCUGGAUGCCGCUUCGUGUUUACACUCUACCGAGCCUUGGAAAGGCGAUCGUAUGAUCCUCUCUUGCUACACCUUGAAAGGUUACGACCUCCUGACGUCUGACCAGUGCAACAGCCUCUUGCAACUCUCUUUUCCCUUGGCCUUGCAGGUUGGGGAAUGCGCACGCCCAUCACCCGUGGACUAUGCGGCCCUGCGUGCCGCCACUGGCAUACAACCCAAAGCCAGCAAGACUGUACCCUUGGUACCUGAGCAUCGUGCUGUCAUCGUGGUUCGAGGCCCAGCCCACCUGCUCCAGCCUCCCUGUGCCCUCAGACAGCGCCUAGACUCUGACUGGGUUGUGCCGACCCCAUGCACAUGUGCCUUGCCUUCCAUUCCUAAGUACUCCCAGCUUCUUCGGAAUGACUUGCUUGGUGUUGAGGUUAAGGAGGGAAGCUCUGGGAAGAUGCUUGAACUUGCGUGGGGGAUACCCUUCUCGCCAUCCGAGUUUGUAGACUGUGCAGUGGCUGCAGGCCACCCCUCCCUGCUCGAAGCUAACCUCCCGCAGGAGCUGCAAGAUGCGAUUACGGUUCGACAGAUCCUGGCCCCUAAACGCCUUCUCCUCUUUAAGAGCCUCCUUGAAGAAUAUGGUUACCCGGACUUAGAUGCCUUCAAUGAGCUAGUCAGUGGGGUCAGCCUGACCGGUGAUGCUCUGCAUACUGGGAUCUUCAAUGCGGCGGAAAGGCAUGCUUCUAUGACUGAGGCCGAACUAAAAGCAAAAGCGAAGGCCAUCCAGCAGGAGGUGCUUGAAAAGGUCACAAGUCAAGGGAGUGAAAUUGAUGCGAUCGUGAAAGAGAAGACGGCGGAGGAAGUUCAGAAGGGCCGUGUGGAGUUGUGCAACACCGAGUCCCGUACCAACGAGUUGUGCGCGUCCAUCCGCGCGAUCAUGGUUUUCGGUAGAUCUGCCAAGGUUUGCCUCAAGCAUCUCACUGACUUCGCUUAUGGCGAUCUGCCUCCAAAUGACCUUCUUGGUGCGCAGGUCCAAAAGACGAUAAUCUUUCCCGCCGAACUUCUAGCCCUCCUUUGUGGGAUGAGGCUAUGGCUAUCGGCCCUGAAGGGGCGGCCCACUGUAUUCUUUGUGGACAACAACUGUGCUCGUGAUGUUUGCAUCUCCGGUUCAGGCCGCGCUGCUGUUAUCAAGGCUCUGUUGCAUGUGCUUCUCAAGGAUGAAGAAAGUGCGGGCAUUGCUUCGUGGUGUCAGAGGGAGCCUCAUUCCUUUGAAGAGGAGUAUCAGCCUUCCGAGUUCGCUCUGAGUGAGCCCAUUGAUCGAGAGCCCGAGGACUCUUGGGACGUGUGCAGUGUCCCUUCAGGUGAUCUUGUCACGAACCUUGCAAAGGAAACACCUUCUUCAAGCCUUGGACCGAAGGGAGAACCCGCGCCUGCCACAACACCUCAACAGAGGGCGGUGGCCUUGGGAGCUUCUCUCUUGUCGCUUGGGGAUCCGGUUCCAUCCUUUGCCUGGGAGUCUGGGUUUUGGGAAAGUUUCUUCAACGACAAGCCCGCAGUAGACAGGAUGGUCCCGGCGCUCAAAUUUCACAGACCAUCUUUCGCAGGUUCGAUAGAAGAGCCGACGCCACCACAGGCCGAGGUCCAAGCCUCUGCUAAGAGGCCCCGCAAAGAGGGCCCUUCGUCUUUCUUGGAUGUUGUCAAGAACAGGAGUGUGAUCUCUUGGAGGGACAAACGUGAAGCAGAGCAUCGCAGAGCAUUGUGCAAGUGGUCGUGCAUCUUUGACAAACUUGAUUUUGAGUCUGACCCUGUCAUUAAAACCAUCGCUUCUUUGCCCGAGACGGAGAAGCUCAACACGCUUGAUGAUUACAUGGCAAGAAAGGCUCCUAGCACUUUGACAAAAAGGGCUAACUCGAUUUUGAAAAUUAUCAAGGUCGGCGAAGCCAAAGGGUUGAGGUUCCCAGUGAGUGAGCCGCAGCUUUACGAGCUUCUGCAAGAGGCAAAGACGGGUGGAGCUCUCCCGUCUCAGCUCAGAGGGGUCAUGGAAGGGCUACUCUUCGCUCGACAUGUGUUCGAUAUUGCGGCGUUCAGCCAAAUAGCGAUUAGCAGGCGCUGCUGGGGAGUUGGGGCCUCUCGCAUUGCAAGGACUCCUUCAAAGGCCGCGCCACUGAGAGUGAUAGACCUGGUGGCAUUGCAUCAGGUCCUUGAUUCGAGGUCUAACCCAUGGGACCGCCUCUUCGCCGGCUGUGCACUGUUUUGUGUGUACUCACGAUCCAGAUGGAGUGAUGCACAGCACGUUGAUUCCUUCAGUUUUGACAAAAGUCCUGACAGUCUUAAGGUUUACUAUCUUGAGGCAGUCAUAGACAUCCACAAGAACAUGAACCGGCGCGGGAGGAGUCCAGUGCCUCUCGAGCUUGUUGCGCCGGGCUUGGGGGUGUCCUCAGAGGGAUGGAUUGAGAAAUUCCUUGACGCAAGAACCGCUUUGGGCCUGUCUGCCGAACAUGCCUUCAUGCCUGCUCCUGAUGCCAGUGGAGUCCCGACCAUUAGGGCAUUAGAUUCUGAUGAGUGUGGGGAGUGGUUGCUCAGACUCCUGCCAGACAGGCAGGGCCUUAAGACAACGUCACACAGCCUUAAAAGGACCAUGCUCAGCUACUGCGCCAAAUGGGGAAUUAGCCACGACGAUCGCUUGGCGAUGGGAGGUCAUAGCCACCCAGGACGCAUGAGUGAUGAGUACGCAGAUGACGCAAUGGCUAGGCCUUUGAGACUCAUUGAGAUGGUGAUCAAAGCGAUCCGAUCAGGUCGGUUUCAUCCAGACUCCACCAGGGCUGGACGUUUCGAGGGAGGAGAGCCCACUUCUGAUCCUGCCGCUCCUCUUCAGGAAGAGCCUGAGCGGGCGCCGCCCGCGAGUCUCGUCACGCACGAAGCUCAGACCAGUGAUAUAGAUCGGAUGUUGGAACACAGUUCGAGUGACGAGCACAGUCUUGGUGCUGCACCGUCAUUGCCGGGUACCGAGAACAAGCCACUCCCGAAGCAAUCACUUGUAGAAGACGAAAGGCCUGAAGCCGAAGAGGCUGGAAGUGGGCUCCCGACAGACAGUUCAUCCUCAGACUCAUCCAGCUCGAACUCGAGUGCCAGCGCGCCGGAGCCCUCAGUGCGGCCGGUUCGACUUUUGCCUCCGCCAGUGCCUGCAGAUGGCUGCAGGUUUGUUCAGCAUGCUAGGUUCAAGACUUUGCAUCUGCAGAGGUUGCGACAUGUCAACAUGACCUUGUGUGGUAGACUCGUGAAGUCCCCGAUCGGAGAACCGGGAAUUUUGAGAUACGACACCCCGGUUUGUCGGGCGUGCAAGAAAGUAGCAGCUGCAGACUGA